CGGCAUUGGGAGGACAACAGGCGAUGACGAACGGUGCUGGUGAUGAUGAUGAUGGUGACAGCGCGCAUGCGAACAUGCCGCUGUUGCUGGGGUCUGUGAAUGCGCCAGGAGGAAGUGGCGACAGCGAAGACGACGAUGAUCACAAUGGCAGCGUUAUUGUUGGUGGUGUUGAUAGUGCUGGCGCGGCAGGUGAUCGCCGAAGACGUGCUGUUCGACAACGACGCCCGUGGUACAGACGACUGAGCUCGAGCACCGGCGGUGAGGCGAAAGCACCGAGAUUCUUGGAUAGGCGAGGGCUGUUCAAGCAAUCAAGAGGGUCCUUCAACAUGCGCCGCAUCAUCCCACGGGCGGCUGUUGCCUCGCUACAUAUGCGGGACUGGUUCCACACCCUCCUCACCAUGUCCUCUCUGAAGAUUGGGUUGGUGCUGCUGGUCAUCUACGUCUCUGCCGUCCUGCUCUGGGCCGGCCUGUACCACCUCAUAUCCGAGCCCUGUGACCUUCAGCUUCACACCUUUGAAGACGCCUUUAUGCUCAGCAUCGAGACCCUCACCACAAUCGGAUAUGGCGUGCCUAGCCCGUACUUCAACGGCUGCCUCGCUGGCCCUUUUGUCGUGCUGUCACAGAGUGCAGCAGGCCUGUUCAUUGACGCGCUGUGCAUCGGGCUCAUCUUUGCCCGCAUCAGUCGCGGUAAUCGCCGCUCCUUCACCAUCGUCUUCUCGAACAACGCCAUCAUCCGUCAAAUCGGCAACAAUUGGUACUUUCUGUUUCAGGUGUGCGACCUCAAGAAGUACGCGCUCGUUGAAGCCCACGUUCGCAUGUAUGCGAUUCGCCACCGCACUGUGUCAUCUGGCGGGCGAGCGGUGCCACGAUCGAGUGGGCCUGCACGAACCAUAUCGUCAUCAUCGUCACCGCCGCUUGAUCCAACGCAUGUCUGGUUCCAGUCCCAUGCAAUGCGUCUCACCCAUCCAAACGAUGAGCUGGGUGGAAUGCUGCUGUUGUCGCUGCCAGAUCAAGUGCUGCAUCGCAUUGACGCGUGGAGCCCACUCAUGCCAACACCACACGACGGCUCCGAGCACGAUCCGUCGACGUCGUUUCAGUUUCCGGAACCGCUCAUGCGCGUCGUGGACGUCGAGAACGGAGGACGAGAACCGAAAAGCAAAAGGGCGCCUGCUGUCACUACAAAGGAGCAGAUCAUUGAAAAGUUCAAGCGAGACAACAUCGAGGUCCUCUGCCUGGUCGAAGGCAUUGAUGCUGCAACAUCAUAUACAGUACAGGCGCGCCACUCGUACACAAUCGACGACGUUGUCUUUGAACAGCAGUUUGCUCCCUGCGUCCAGCAAGAUGCGACGGGCGAAUGUGUGCUUGACCUGAGCCGUUUCCACGAUCUUCUGCCGCUGUGCGAGGACGACACUGCAGAGGAUCAGGUGUCCUCUGUUCUCUAGUCACCGAUCCGUGUGCAUAUGCGAACUUGUGUAUGUGUGUGUGUGUGUAUGUGUGUGUAUGUGUGUGUGUGUG